UGCUGCUCUCCUUGUCUCGCCAGUCAUGUCGGAGAGCUGUACACCUACACACGACUGGUUCACGGCGACAUUGACGUUUGGUCUUUGUACUGGACUGGUCAUUUCGUAUGUGCCCCAACACUUGAGAAUCAUACAGAAAGGCUCUUCGGAAGGUUUCAGUCCAUGGUUUCUAUUCUUGGGCAGUACAUCGUCUGCCUCGGGCCUGCUGAACAUGGUGACGAUGCAAUGGGGCAUCGUCCGAUGCUGCCGAUUCUUUAGCUUUGGAAGCUGCCUCGAGAUGACAGCUGGCGUCAUUCAAGUCGGUUUGCAGUGGGCCAUGUUUACGUUUAUAAUGGUUCUAUAUAUGAUAUACUACCCUCCCCAUCUCAAAUAUUCGGAGAUAGAUGUCGACGUGCAUGAUUCUCGUCCGAUACAUAGGAGAGUGAAGACGCCAACCUUCACUUCCGAAUGGAGCCAAUCGAUAUUUCUCGGUUGGAUUACGGCAGCCCAUUUUGCAAUAAUAACUUUCACAACCUUCUUCCUCCUUCUCACGUCACCUACCCCGUCAGCUUCUCCUCCCGUUGACCCCUACACACCACCGCAGUACAUGGACAAGACGUUGGCUAAUUGGGCUACUUUCCUUGGUGUUUCCUCCGCACUUCUAGCGGCCAUCCAAUAUGCGCCUCAGAUAAUACACACUUGGCGCGCACGAUUGGUUGGUGCACUUAGUAUUCCGAUGAUGCUAAUUCAAAGCCCUGGUGCUGUAUUAAUGGUAUUAAGUAUCGCGCUGAGACCCGGCACAAAUUGGACCUCAUGGAUAACCUUUGCUGUCGCUGGAAUGAUGCAAGGAACUCUCCUGGCUCUCUGCAUCGCGUUCAAAAUCAGGCAACGCAGGCUACACAUAGACGACUUUGGUGAACCUUUAACCCCGCUACAGCAGUACUCUCCUCUUCCCGAGGCGAUGCCUGGACUUGUUAUUGGUGAAGGCGAAGACGAAGUCGCCGUGAGGGUAGCUCUGGCAAGCGAGUUGGAAAGCGCAGUCGAAACCGACGUCAGAUCGGCAGGCGUGAGACCUGUGCUAGAAAUCACUGUUAGGCCCAGGUCAGGAGAGAGGGAACCGCUACUUGGAGAGCGUGCCGGCAAGAGUACAGAGGAUGUCAAGUCAGGUGGGUGGUUUAGUUGGGGGAGUAGUAAUAAUUCUUAUUGCAACGAGAUCUCACGUUGUUGAGUCUGCAUUUCGUAAAGGCUACUCAUGUGGCCAA